AUGAGGACGGUCCUCCUCGGCCGUUUCUUCUUUAGACGUGGGAUUCCGCGCAUCCCACAAUAUCGUUCAUUUUCAUGGCGACCUCCCAAGCAAGCCCCGAGGCGAGGGCCCAUAAUCGGUGGAAUGGUGAUGGCUGCUUUGGCACCUAGCGCAUUCCUGAAGCUAGCAGAGUCCGAGGAUCCUGAAAAGACCGGAGAGAUGCAGAUGCUGGAGGCUUCCCGGGAUGAGAUCAGAAAGACUGUUUCUCCGGGUUCUCAUGGCUUAUACCGGGUCUGCGAGUCACUCUCCGUGGCCUUUUAUUGUUAUAUCCACGACCCAAUCGCGACUGGGUUCCGAUUCCUUUAUCUUUUUGUUAUCUUUAUGCCUGUGAUUGUCACCGUGCCAGCAAUAUGGCUUGGUCGAACGAUUGGGAGUAAAAAUGGGGCGCGAUCGGGUACACUCUGGUGGUAUCGAUUCUUGGUAAAGGCAAUGGAGCGCGCCGGGCCAGCUUUCAUCAAGCUAGGUCAAUGGGCCGCCUCUCGCACCGAUAUAUUCCCUCCGGAAAUGUGCACCGUCAUGUCCUCUCUUCACUCGAACGCUCCCGCUCAUUCCCUGCGAGAUACCAAGCGAAUAAUCCAAAAGGCAUUUAAUGGUCUGCCGUUCGAGGAGAUCUUUGCAGAGUUUCAGGAAGAACCUUUGGGGGUGGGUGCGAUUGCGCAAGUGUACAAAGCCAAGCUCAAGCCCAGUUUAGCUACCAGCAGUCAAGAACUCGGUCAAGAACCCAUAACAUUGGGAGAGAAGAUGCGGAAGAAUGUAGAUGUGUUGGUGAAAAACUCACCACAAAGAGUUCCAUCGUCAUAUGUCGCGAUCAAAGUCUUGCACCCCCGAGUGGAAAAGAUGAUCCGCCGGGAUCUACGCAUCAUGUCCUUCUUCGCUUCAUUGCUCAACGCCAUACCUACCAUGAACUGGCUCUCUUUCCCAGAUGAGGUCCAGCAAUUCGGAGAAAUGAUGAAGCUUCAAUUGGACAUGCGUAUCGAAGGUACGAACCUAGUUAUGUUUCGGGAGAAAUUCAAGACCCGAACUACAGCUUGGUUUCCUUAUCCAUAUCUUGACUACACCACUCGAGAGGUGCUAGUUGAGGAAUUUGCACAGGGAAUCCCACUAGCCACCUUUUUGGACAUUGGAGGCGGCGUCUAUCAGCGGGAGAUUGCAAAUGAGGGCCUGGAUGCCUUUUUACAUAUGCUUCUGAUCGAUAACUUUGUUCAUGCGGAUUUACACCCCGGGAACAUCAUGGUUCGGUUCUAUCAGCCGGGCGAACUCAACCUUUCACUUAGCAAGGAUUCGAGGGCUUUUGAGGCUCCGACUAGAGCGGAAGUAGAUGUGACUGAGUCUGUGUUGGCCCGAUUGCGCCCGCAUGUGGGCAAUCAUCAAGAAUGGGACACCGCUCUGGCUCAGCUGAAUAAAGAGGGAUAUCGUCCACAGUUGAUUUUCAUUGACACAGGCUUGGUGACAGAGUUAAAUGAUACCAACCGACGGAAUUUCCUGGAUCUUUUCCGGGCUAUUGCAGAAUUCGAUGGAUACCGAGCAGGUCAACUUAUGGUUGAGCGAUGUCGUACCCCCGAACAGGUUCUCGACCCCGAAACCUUUGCCUUGAAAAUGCAACAUCUUGUGCUAAGCAUCAAAACGCGCACAUUUGCCUUGGGAAAUAUCAAGAUUGGCGAUGUCUUAAGCGAGGUCCUAACAAUGGUCCGCGGUCAUCAUGUUCGUUUUGAGGGAGACUUCGUCAAUGUUGUCAUAUCGUGUCUGCUGCUGGAAGGUAUUGGGCGAAGCCUCAAUCCGGAUCUAGACUUAUUCAAGAGGUAA